AUGGAUAAAUCCAAACAAUCUUUUCGUAAAUCCAAGCAAUCUUUUCGCAAAUCCAAACGAUCUUUUCGUAGGCGUUUGCCCCCAAUUAGAUCGGGGGAUCGAAUCGAUUAUAGAAACAUGAGUUUAAUUAGUCGAUUUAUUAGUGAACAAGGGAAAAUUUUAUCUAGACGGGUGAAUAGAUUGACUUUGAAACAACAACGAUUAAUUACUAUUGCUAUAAAGCAAGCCCGUAUUUUAUCUUUGUUACCCUUUCUUAAUAAUGAGAGACUAUUUAAGAAUAAAAAAUCGGAGUCGAUCCCCCGAACUCGAAUUACUCGUCCUAGAAAAAAAAAAUAG